GAGUGAAAAUGUCUAAUUAAUGUCAUAAUAUGAACCUGACACCGCGCCCAGGAAUGAAAUCACUUUCUAAAAGACAUUUCAUUUGUUUUGAUUCAUCCCAUUCACAGAUUUUUUUUCUGUUUUAAAUACCUUACUGGUCAUAAAGUAAGAAAUGUCAAAAUAAUCGCCCGAGUUGUGGAUGUUUUCAUUUAAAUUCGGUGCAAGUUUGUUCAUGACAGGUGAAUUAAAACCAGAGGGGGUAUCAACCAUGUAAAAAUUAUCUUGCAAUCUUCCCGGGAAGGAAGGUAGUCAGUUUAUACCUUUAACAAUAAAUUACACUGUCUCUAGACACCCUUCAAUUGUUGCAAUUUAAAACGCACAGAUAAUUGGAUUUGAAUUUUAAACCUCUGAUUAAAAAAACUCGAGAAAAUAAGCCACAAAGUAACUAAGUUACAUUCAUGAGACGAGAAAUUCUCUAAGAUUAAUUUUUUUUCCUUAUCGAGAUAUUGAUCUCUUGUAAAUAGGGCGAUGUUUAACUUUUAAGGGGGGUUCCUCACUCCCAUGUGUCUUUAAGUGGCGAGACGAGUGUCUUAUUGUUGCCUAGAAACUUAAUUGCUUCCAAAUUGUCUAAGACCCAGAGCGAUCGAAAAACCGUUUACUUAAUAAUUUUUAAAUUUUUGAAGGACUGCGAUAACAUUAACAUACCUUCAACACAACGGAGAAAAAGAUACACAACUCAUUCGAAAUAUAUUUUUGUUGUGUGUGUUUAAUCUCACUGAUCACGUGUACCUUUGGUCAAGUGUCUUCAAACAAAACGAAGAGGACACGUUACCGAAUUGGACGUAAUACCAGGACUUUUUCAGCACCCUCUGGUGUUUGCCAAGGUGUAAUAGAGUAAGCCCUUAUGUCAAUUUAUAAAUGAAGAAAUAGACGGGAUUUCUCGCCCGUCAGACAACAAUACGGUAGCCAUAACGUUCAAUAAGCCCAAAGACAACUUCUUGACGUCUAGAAUUAACGAGAAGAGAUGUCGGAUAUAAAGUGUAUGACAACGGAAUCAUCAUAGGACUGUUAACUGAUCAUCUCUCCAGCGCUCACAAUGCCAGGAGGAACGCGAAAGAUGAGGCGAGACAAGGAGAUGGCGGCGGUGACCUACAACAUGAAAGAGGACCGGUGUCUGGAGAAAAGCAUGCAGACCCUGAAUCUGGAGCGAUCCUACUCCAUGAAGCUUCUGCAGUUAGACCACAGGAUCGUCAAGGUCAACUAUAAACGACUCAAGGACAAAGUGUCUAGGAUUCGUUCCUAUCUCUCAGUGGACGAAAUAAACGAGAUGAAGCAACUGGAGGCCGAGGGAAAAAUUAAACCGCUGAAUACCGUAAAUCUCGGAAGUGCAAUAAAAAUCGCUGGUGCCGCAAAAAGACUAAAGAUUCAAGGGCCAACGCGGGCAAAUACCUCCAUAACACUGUCAUCUCACAAAGGCAGCAAUGAAACGAUUAACAGACCAGUGACCGCUAACAAUAAUCUCCGACGCAGUAACUCUGUAACAGGUGUGUUCAUUGACGCCCCCGAACCAAACACGACCAAGAGACGGAAUUCCGCAGACUUUAAUGGAACGACGACGAUCAGACCACUCAGUGCCUUUGUGGAGAGUGGUUCGAACUCUAAACCUCACAAAACAAAACGCCCUGCCACUUCUCAGUUAGUGCUUGGACCUCAGUCACAUACUCCGCGGAUUAAUCCCAAUCCAACUCACUCUCCUUAUUCUUCUCAUACUGCGGUAGAAAAAGAGUUUCUUCCUCCACCGAGGACGCAAGAGCGGAUAUCCGGUCUGACGGAUGACAUAGAUAGUAACCUAGGAGAUGACCUAAUGGAGGAAAGGCGACAGGAGAUGAUAAUGGAGGAACACGAGAGAUUCGGUGAAUUGGAAGAGAGAAAGAAAGACUUCAUGAAAAGACUAGACACUUACUUUAAGGAAAACCCCGUCCCUGACUGGUCAAAUCCUCCCCCAGUUGUUAAGCUUCCGCCAACAGAGGAUGAUAAAGAAGAUGGCAUGAGCACGACCGGAAGUGUGAAGAAAGGGAUGAAAUAUAGACUUUUACCCAACAGAAUCACACUGGACAAGACCUUCAGGAGCGAGGAGGAGUAUAAGGCCAAGAUCUGGGAACUCUGGAAGGACUUGAACAAGUGUCGGUACCUGCGGAUCCCUGACGAGAUGCUGGACCUCUCUGGGGUUAACACACUGGCCAAGGACCAACUAAAACUGUUCCAAAUGCUCAAACGACAGGACACGAGGUCGAAUCUCAUUACAUAAAACAAAUGACUGAGGACAUUAUAGGAUAGGAGUGAUAUGUGUACACACUUUCAUUGUGAGAUGUGAUUAUUGCGAUUGGGUAUACAGUGUAUACCCUAAAUAGAUCAUAUUUCUUAAAUAUACAGGGUUAUUCAUUAUGUGAAGGGAUUUAGGAAAGAAGUUUAGAGGGAAACACGGGAAAAAUUGAAAAGGACACACGGGAAAAUAAUUAUGGAUAUUACGAGGAUGAACGGGAUUCAAAGAAAAGAAAACGUUCAGGGAUCCCCAGGUGAAGGUUACAUUAAUGUUACACAGAGAUUUAUGGAGAACUGAUGAUGGAUGCAUGAAAUACAUAAAGGGUGAUAAGAAAGUUCGUUCCACAUUUUUCUUUUAUUUUUGACAAGAAAUACGAUGAGAAGAUAUUUAAAAUUUGUAAUAUUUCAUGUUUACAGAAUCCAUUCUUACUACUGAUAAGGUUUUAACUGUCUUUUGUUGAACCAAUAAGGGGAGGGAAGGUAUUAAAACAGAUGAUGUCUGUUCAGAAAAAUUAGGGAUGACGCAUAUUUGUGACAUAUACUAAGCACACAGGUCAAAACAUCCUUUCAAACACUAUGCAAAAAUUAUCAAAUCUGUAAAAAAAAAAAUAAAAUGACAGACCUAUUCUUUUGUUUAAGUGAUCUAUCGUUCUUAUACCUACGCUCAUCAGCUUGUCUGAUGCAAGAUAAGCUAUGAUUAGAAGAAAUAAUAAAAGUAAAUUAUCCUUUAUUUUCCCUCAAAAUGACCAGUAUUUCUAUCACUCGGGUGCUUUAAGGAUGUUAUAUAUAUAUUUUCAUAUGGAAGAAAAAUCAUAUAAUUUCCUGCUAGAAAUGAAUUGCUAUAAAUCUAAAGCACACUGUUGUGAUUUUCUCAGACUUAAAAAUUCAUCUCUUUAGUUUAGCACUACUUUGAUAUUUUUGAAAAUAUUCCAUCAUGGAACGAAGUUUCUUAACACCCCUUAAAUUAUAGGAUUUAUUUAUAGCAGUACAAAUGACAAUAACCAAUGUUUAUAUUUGUAAAUAAAAACGCAAUGCAUUUAUUAAACACGUAUAAAAUAAAUUAAUCAUUUUGUUGAUUGUUAUGCUAAAAAGCCAUUUUAGUAUACACGUCAUUUGAUAUGUAAGGGACAUUCCACGACCCAGUGGCGGGAGAUCAAUGUAGUUUUUCAUUAUAACCAAUGCAAUGAUACUUCGUAGCACAAAAAAUAAUUCAAUUGACAUAGAGCUUCUUUAUAUACUUUUAAAAUGAACGAAGAUGUGUACUGCGUCCGUGUCACAUGUGAACUCAAAUGGCAUUAAAGGAGAAGCAAGGUUUCUUUAUAUCAAAUUAUAUGUCACCUCCAAACAAUGUUAUGAAGAGGAUAAUAAACCUAUUUAUGUCUAA